AUUCUAUCGAGCUCAGCAUUUCUAUUUUAUCACUGAGGUUUCUGGUACUUGGUACCAUUUCCUAAAAUCACUGAGGGCACCUAUAAUCAACACACAUGGAAAAGCUCAUAUCUAGCAGAGUCUUACAUUCUGCCACCAGAAAGCAGGCCUGAGAAAGAAGCUCCUCUCUGCAACAUGGUACCAGUUAUUGACCUUGGAGGAGGUGAAUUGGAUUCUGAUGAUUCAACACUAUCUCAGCAAAUUAUAAAGGCUAGCCAAGAAUUUGGAUUCUUUCAGGUUCCAACUUUACUUCCCCCUCACUGUUGAAUAAGAUUGGUUGAUAAGUGAAAACCAACUAAAAGCUUGUUUGGAUCGGUGGUGGAACACAAUCCAAAGCACGAUAUCUCCAGAAGCAACACUUUUUAGCUUCAUAACUUCUCUCCAGAAUUGAUUAUGAGGCUUUCCACCGCAGAACCAAACACACUAUGAAUAAAUUUGGUUAAUCAUGGCAUUCCCAUAAAGCUACUGGAUGAUGUAAUGCAAAUAGCUAGGGAGUUCUUUGAGCUGCCUACAGAGGAGAAGGCAAGUUUAUACUCAGAGGAUCCCAUACAAAGUUGUAGAUUAUAUACCAGCAUUGACCAUGCUAAUGAGGAUGUCCACUACUGGAGAGAUACUCUAAGGCAUCAUAGUCAUCCUCUACAAGAGCACAUCCAAAAUUGGCCUCAUAAGCCAACUCGAUAUCGGGAUGUGAUGGGGAGCUAUUCAGUGAAAGUGAGGAAGCUCGGUUUGAUGCUUUUGGACCUGAUUUGCACAGGACUAGGACUUGAUUCAGGAUAUUUCAAUGAUGAACUUAGCAGUGGUCAAAUGAUGGCUAUAAACCAUUACCCACCUUGUCCAGAUCCAAGUUUAACUUUAGGUUUGCCUAAACACAGUGAUGGUAACCUCAUCACACUUCUUUAUCAAGUUGACAAUCAUGGGCUGCAAGUCUUGAAAGAUGGACAGUGGUUUGGGCUUGAACCUCUUCCCAAUGCAUUGGUGGUUAAUAUAUCACACAUGUUGCAGAUUAUCAGCAACGGGAAGUUAACGAGCGCUGAUCACAGAGUGGUGACAAACAAAAGAGUUGCGCGAACAACAAUCGCUUGCUUUAUCCAUCCUUCUCAUGAUUGCCAAAAUGAGCCAGCAAAAGCCCUUGUGGAUAUGAUGAUAAGAAUCCCCCUUUGUACAAGUCUUUUGAAUACAAAAGCUUCUAUAGUAGCUUUAUAGCAGAUACUCAUGCCAGAUUGACACCACUUGAGCGAUACAAGCUCAAGUAACAUCUUUGUCUUUAAAAUGCUUACACAAAUUGAAAGAUGCUGGUAGAUUCAUUAAGAGAAAUAAUUGAGUUAUAAAAAUCUCUGCUAUUCUGUUCAUUUGUACAAGUUUAUAACAAUUCGUAACUAUGAAAUUUCCUUUUAAUAUUCAGCUAUAUUCAAGCAA